AACAGCUGGAAGCAGAAGACUGAAGUGCGCUUGAAUUUAAUCACAGACUUUGUUUAUUACCGCAUCUACGCGCCAUCGAAAACGCGGCGCCAACGUUAAGCGCACAGAAUUGACCGGAUGAGAUGCUGCUGCGACGCCUCCUGGGCUAUGGCGUCUUAGGCGCCGGAGUCGGCUCCGCUGGCUGGAGUCUGCACACAAAUGACUAUGAUCCCAACUCCCUGGGCAUUGUGAGGCUUUCGCGGUCCGCCGCUGCGGUCGUGGACGUGGCACUCACCUAUAAGCGGGAACUCUACUACAGAGAAUGGGACAAGACCACGCCGGAGUACAAAGCGGAAAAGAGUCGCGUCCACAAGAUCGCAGCAGAGAAGCUACUAGAGCUAAUUUGCACAAACAAGGGUGUUUACAUCAAGGUGGGUCAGCACAUUGGUGCCUUGGAGUACCUGCUGCCCAAGGAGUUUGUGCAGACGAUGAAGAUUCUGCAUUCGGAUGCGCCGCAGAACCCCAUCGAGGACUUGUACAAGGUGAUACGUCAGGAUUUGCGCUGCAAUCCCGAAGACAUUUUCGAGAGCUUCGAGCGGGAGCCCCUGGGAACAGCCUCACUCGCUCAGGUGCACAAGGCGCGGCUCAAGAGCGGCGAGGUGGUGGCUGUCAAAGUCCAACAUCCCUAUGUCAAAGGAAACUCCCGGGUGGACAUGAAGACCAUGGAACUAGCUGUCAAUGUACUGGCGCGGAUAUUUCCUGACUUCAAGAUCCAUUGGCUGGUGGAGGAAUCUAAGAAGAACCUACCCAUCGAGCUGGACUUCCUUAACGAGGGACGCAACGCCGAGAAAGUGGCCAAGCAGUUCGAGAAGUACAACUGGCUGCGGGUGCCCAAGAUCUAUUGGAAAUUCAGCUCCUCACGUGUUCUAGUCAUGGAAUAUCUAGAGGGUGGACAUGUGACGGACCUGGACUACAUUCGGGCCAACAAAAUCGACACCUUUGCGGUGGCCAAUCGCAUUGGUCAGCUGUACUCCGAGAUGAUAUUCCGUACCGGCUUCGUGCACAGCGAUCCGCAUCCGGGCAACAUCCUGGUGCGACGCACGCCGAAGAACACUUUGGAAAUCGUCCUACUGGAUCACGGUCUCUAUGCCAAUCUAACGGACAAGUUUCGUUACGAUUACUCCAAUCUCUGGCUAAGUAUUCUCAACGUGGAUCGCAAGGCCAUGCGGCUGCACAGCGAGCAGCUGGGUAUUAAGGGUGACCUGUACGGCCUAUUUGCGUGCAUGGUGACGGGUCGACCAUGGGAGACGGUGAUGCAGGGCCUCACAAAAGUCAAAUAUUCCAAAGAAGAGAAAAACACACUGCAGAACAACACUUCACUGGUGCUCCCACACAUCUCGGACGUCCUCGAGCAGGUGGACCGCCAAAUGCUGCUCAUUCUUAAGACGAACGACUUAAUUCGCGGCAUCGAGUCAACGCUGCGAACCCAAAACCGGAUGACGGCCUUCUGGGUCAUGUCCAAGUGCUGUGUGCAAUCCUCUUACGCCGAGCAGCGAGCCCAACAGGCCGCAACCGGCUCCUCGCGGAUCCUGUGGCUGCGGUUGCGCGAGCGCUGGGAGCUGUUCAAGCUUAACUGUUACUACCUCUACCAGGGACUGAUUAACUUCGGUUUCCUGGAGGCCCUCAAGCAGGUUAUUUAGUCUAGAUGUGGUCUGGUCCCUCAAUUAAAAGUACAAAACUCUUGACGAGUCUUAG